AAAGUAAAAUUAACUUUAAGGUACAAUUUUGGUUAAUAAAAUUAAAUUAACAUGCUCGCUACGUUGCAGCAUAUAGAUAACGGGUUGUACUAAAUUAAAUAGUUAACAUAAUCAUAUACAAAGUAGCACAUUAUGCUAAUUGUGUGACAAAUUGUGCAUGAUACGAAUUUGUGUGUAUUAUAAAACAAAUACAAAAAGUAAUUAAUAAUAGUACGAGUCGCGAAAAGCUUACGCACACAGAAAUGCAUUGAAUAACAUAAAGAAGAAAUUUAGUGCAAGACGAUUACUGAAAAUAGAGUGUAAAAGCGAUAUUAUAAUACUGCCACCCAUCACACAUUCAAGCACACACACAGUGCUACAUUCGGACGGAAGCGAAAAAUUGCAUUGGCGGCCGAGACGCAACAAUUAAUUACUGGAAUGCGCGCCUCCAUUCCGCCCGGCGUACGUGUUGUACGCGGCCCAAAUUGGAUUUGGUCGAACCAAGACAACGGGGAAGGUCACGUUGGUACCGUCUGCGAAAUCGGACGCUGUGGAUCGACACAUUCGCCAGAGAACACGGUUGUGGUCAAUUGGGAUUCCGGACAUCGCACCAACUACAGAGUGGGCUAUCAAAAUCAAUACGAUUUAAUCAUUGUGGAUAAUGCCCAAGUUGGUGUUCGUCAUUCAAAUGUCGUUUGUGAUGGCUGCUCCAAGGCGGGCAUAGCUGGCAUUGUGUUCAAGUGCGCUCAGUGCACGGACUAUCAUUUGUGUGCCUUCUGCUACGGUGGUAAUAUUCACGACUUGGAGCAUACAUUCGUACGAUACACAACACCCAACUCACUGGGUGUACGUGUGCCGGCCAGGAAGGGCUCAGAGCGCAUACAGCUGCGUGGCAUAUUUGUGGGCGCAAAGGUUGUGCGCGGCCCUGACUGGGAGUGGAACGAUCAGGACGGCGGUGAGGGUAAAACGGGUCGGGUUAUGGAAAUACGUGGCUGGGACAACGAGUCGUGUCGCAGUGUAGCCAACGUAUCGUGGGUAACGGGUUCAACGAACGUCUAUCGACUGGGUCACAAAGGGAACGUGGACCUGAAGUACAUAGCAGCAACUUGCGGUGGUUACUACUACAAGGAUCAUAUGCCUGUGCUGGGUCAACCCGAGGAGCAGCAGCCCAUCGUGUCCAUGGUGAAGCCAAGCUUCUCUGUGGGCGAUCGCGUCAAAGUGUGCCUCGAGGGGGAGGCACUGAUAAAGCUGCAACAGGGACACGGUGGCUGGAAUCCGCGUAUGGUCGACCAUCUCGCCAAAUUGGGCACAGUGCAUCGCAUCACCGAAAAGGGAGAUAUAAGAGUCCAAUAUGAGAACUGUCCCAAUCGCUGGACCUUUCACCCCGCCGCACUCGUCAAAGUUGUUUCGUUUCGCGUGGGCGAUCUGGUGACAAUCAUAAAUGAUGAAUCUAAAGUGCAGCAACUGCAGAAAGGACACGGCGAAUGGAUAGAUCUCAUGCGCUGUGCUCUGGGCAAGCUGUGUAAAGUGCUUAAAGUAUAUUCCGAUGGUGAUCUGCGCAUCCAGCAGCUGGACGAUGGCUUCGAAUGGACUCUAAAUCCGAAAUGUGUUAAACUGGAGCGUUCUCCUUUGGCCACGGCAGCGGAACGUUCCAAUAGUAUGAUGGAUCUGAGUAAUCGGCGUACGGAUCAUGUGAUGACACCGCUAUCGGGUCUCUCUGGCAGUUCGGUGCCCGACAAGCUGGUCCGUGAAGCGGCCCAGGGUCAUUUGGAUUUUGUGAAACAAUAUCUGGAUGUCAAUCCUAGUCAGGUGGAUGUGAUGAGUGGCGGCAAGGCCUGCAUACAGGUAGCCUCCCACCAGGGCUACGUCGAGCUGGUGAAAUACCUCAUCUCCAAGGGCGCCAAUGUGAAUGUAGUGGACAAGGAAGGCGAUUCGGCCCUUCACUAUGCCGCCUUUGGCAAUCAGCCGGAGACGAUGCGCGUACUGCUCGAGCAUGGCGCCGAGGUGAAUUUCCUCAAUUCCAGCCACUGUUCGGCUCUGCACAUUUGCGCGCAUAAGAAAACGCCCCAUUGCGUGCGGGAGCUGUUGAAGCACAAUGCGAAUGUUAAUAUCCAGGAUUCGUACGGUGAUACAGCACUCCACGAUGCCAUUGGAAAGGAGAACACGGAGGUCGUUGAACUGCUGUGCAAUGCACCAAAUUUAGAUUUUACUGUGAAAAACCAUCGUGGCUUCAAUGUGCUGCACCAUGCGGCGCUCAAGGGCAACGUGGUGGCUGCUCGUCGCAUUCUUCAGUUGUCGCGCCAAUUAGUCAACGUGCGCAAGGAUGACGGCUUUGCAGCACUGCAUCUGGCCGCUCUAAAUGGACACGCGAAAGUGGUGGAGACAUUGGUCACAGAGGGACAGGCUGAACUAGAUAUACGCAACAAUCGACGACAAACGCCAUUCCUGUUGGCCGUUUCCCAGGGACAUGCGAGUGUUAUUGAGCGUCUGGUGAAGCUGUCGUGCGAUAUCAAUGCCAAGGACGAGGAUGGCGACAAUGCCAUGCAUUUGUGUGUCAUUAAGAGGACCAAUUUACAGCAGGCCGCUAAUCCCUCGCCCGAAGAGGCGCCCGAAAUCUACAAGUUCUUCGUCAGCCUCGCCCAGACGAGUGUGCGCACCGUGGAUCGCCUGAUGUACAGUGUGCUGAUCUAUCUGUCCCGGCAUGGCUGUCGUGUGGAGCUAAACAAUGCCAAUGCUAGCAUCUUUGAGUGGAUUACUGAUCGCAAUAUACGACAGCUAAUCUUUGGCCAACAAACGGAGGAUCCAACGAUAGCUCCAAUGCCACUGCAGCGGAAUAUGCAAGCCCUGGAUAUUGGAGCCGCCGAUGAAACUCCACGUAACGUUGCUGGCGAGGAUGCAGGUGCGACGGUUAGUGCUGGCUCAUUAGCUUUACCGCCACCGCCGCCCAAGCCCAGUGAGGCGGCCACCUCAACAGCUGGUCUGCAGCCUUCGCCGGGCAAUAAGAAACUGAACUCGGAUGCGGCCAGCACUGGUACAUCGCCCCAAGUGGCGCCUCGUAAGAAGGCGCCAAAGCCACCGGUACCAUCGGGAUCAUCGGAAACAUCAGCAGCAACGAGCAGCGAGUCAAGCGGAUCUCUAAAGGCCUCGCUGGCAGGUGCCACAGCAGCAGCAGCRGCAGCUUUGCCGGUAAUAAUUUCCAACCAGCAGGAGUGCAUAGUCUGCAAUGAGCCGCUACAGCUGGUGCGCUUUGAGCCCUGCCUGCAUCAGAUCGCUUGCGAGGAAUGCAGCAUACGCAUGAAGAAAUGUUUGCGCUGUGGCGUUGCCAUUGAGCGACGCAUCGAUGCCAACGGCCGUCAAGUGGUUGGUCAUCAAUCGACAUUGACGGCGUCGCCCAGCGAUCAGGCGCGUUUGCCAUCCGGCGAUCUAUUGCGUUAUCUGGAGAACAAAGUGUUGGAAUUCGAGGAAUCGCAUUUUUGUGGAAUCUGUAUGGAACGGAAACGAGAUGUGGCCUUCCUUUGCGGUCAUGGCGCCUGCUCCCAUUGUGCCGAAACAUUACGCACCUGCCACAUGUGCCGCAAGACAAUACUGAAGAAGAUCAAUCUGUACUGAGCACUUACUCAGUGCACUGUAGCAAUACGCAACCAAAGUGGCUUGUAUAUAUAUAUACAUACAUACAUAACAUAAAAAUGUUAACAAGUUAAUUAUUAUCAAGGAUUUAUGUUGCGUGACAACAACAUCAGCUGAUACCAUCAAUCGUUCCAGAGAACUUCAUGCAUGAAUUUACUAUCCAACUUUAUUAUUUAUUAAACACCACCACCACAAACAACAACAACAACAAUUAUUUUGCACGCACACAAAAACAUGUCGACACACGCACAUGCACAUACACAUGUCUAUAGUCUAUUAGCCUCGUUUAACGACAACGAAAACCCAACUAAAUAUGAUUAAAUGAUUAAUAAUAUAAGCAUUUUAAUUGCAAU